AUUUGUUACAUUUUAAAGAUAGACCGUGGUAGACAUUCUGUAGAUAUGGGUAAUCUCCAACGCAACCGAAGGAAGGAGAUUGCGACAACUCAUCCUAGUUUACGCAAAGGCAAAGGUAAAGGGCUGGCCGAGUCUUCUUCUCAAAGUCGAGAAGAUUUUGAAACGGAAUACAAAAGGCGAGAUGGGGAUGCGAUGUCCGACGAGCAACUACAACAACUAUUGGCGCAAAAUGAUGGUCGCUUUUUCCAUCAACAAAACAUCCCGGAGUCCAUUGACGAAGACGAGCUCGAGGAUGAGGAUGCGGAGGAGGACGCGGGGGGCAAUGGCAGUCACGGCACCCCAGAUGAUGAGCAAGAGUUGGAGGACAUGGGUGGUUCAUCCCAACUUGGUCAGAAAUCUAAAUCUCCUAUUAUAGAAAAUAAUUUUACAAAGAGGAAAGACAAAACAACCGAGAAAUGGUACGCAAGUUGCAAUCAUCGCAAUAAGGAGUAUAGCUUGGGAACUUCCAGCGGAUACGGGAGCCUCACAAGGCAUCUUAAGUCCGCGCACUUGGUGGAGUAUGCGAAAAUAUCAAAAGACAAGGGGAAGCAAACUCAAAUAUCGAGGUUUGCAAAUGACCAACCUUUUGGUAAUUUCUCAUACAAUGAUGCACAAAAUUUGACAGGUAGAAUUUGACGAAAAUGAGGAUUUUGACGUUCUAAAGUGGCGGAAGUCAAAAGAAAGAAUGUUCCUGAUUUUAGCACGGAUGGCUAAGCAAGUCCUAUCAAUGCCGGUUUCAACAGUUGACGUGGAACAAGAAUUUAGUUCGGCCGGCAACGUCCUAACGGCAUCUAGAACGAGUUUGAGCGCAGAGUCUCUUGAGACGCUUAUAUGCUACCACGAUUGGUUGAAGGCCAUGCGUAGAACUCAAGAAAUUAGCAUCACCCCCUCCCAAGACUUUAUGGAUGAAUCAACAACCGAGGGUGGCUCCUAUGCCGGAGAUUCCGAU